UUUACUCGUGGUUCCUUCUUCAUCGUGGAGAUCUUUCUAUACUCAUUCAUCCAUUGACCAAAGAACUAGUCAAGGAUCAUACUUCUCGAAGUGCUUGGAUUGGACCAUCUGUUCCGUUAGAUGUUGAGCAUCUCCCACCGAUUUUAAAAAAGACUCCUUUACAAUAUCCAGAGUUGGGGUUAGGUUAUUCAGCUCGCACUGAAUAUUUAGAUUCCAAUGAAUAUGCAGUCCUCGAGGAUGACUUAGCUUCCAAUGAUGAUUAA